GUCAUGCAUCUUUCUUCAGAAGUUACAGCAUCUGCCCGCUACCUGCAGAAAACAACCUCAAUGGAGCUGACAGAAGUUGUUCACUGGCGUCGUGCCAUACUGGCUGCAACCCUCAAUCUGAUAGCCCUGGCGCUCUCUGCCACAUCCCUCCUCAGCAGCUACUGGUGUGAAGGCACCCAGAAAGUACCAAAGCCUCUUUGUGGCACUGGAAAAGCCACCAAGUGCAUUGUGGUCCCUAUAGCUUUAGAAAGCACCAAUGCCUCUGGCCAGGAUGUAGUCCAUUACAGCUGGGAGACAGGAGAUGACAGAUUUGCAUUUCGUUAUUUUCACACUGGGAUCUGGUAUUCCUGUGAAGAAAACAUACUUGGAACAGAUGAAAAGUGCCGUAGUUUCCUGGAAUUAACUCCACCAGCUGAAAGAGGUAUCCUGUGGCUCUCAUUAGGGUCUGAACUAGCUUACAUCACCCUGCUAAUAAUUAGUUUUGGACUUCUAAUUCUGGAAAUGUGUUAUACUGCAAACCCAGUCUGUGGACUGAAGCUCAAUGCAUUUGCUGCUGUCUCCUCAGUGCUUUCAGGCCUUCUUGGAAUGGUGGCCCAUAUGAUGUAUACUCAGGUUUUUCAAGCCACAGUCAGCCUUGGUCCAGAAGACUGGAGGCCACAUUAUUGGGAUUACGGAUGGGCCUUCUACACUGCUUGGGCGUCCUUCACCUGCUGCAUGGCUUCUGCAGUCACUACACUUAACACAUAUACCAAAACUGUACUGGAGUUCCGCAGAAACCAAAAGGCAUUUGAGCGUAGCCUAAAGGAACAGGCCUGCUUCCUUAAUCACAAAGAGAUGAGCAUUUACAGAGAAAAACCUAUUCACUCUGUGUCAGAAAGUGUGGACUUUUACUCAGAACUUCAGAAAAAGGUCCUACUGAGAGACCAUUCAAUGGAUCUCGAGGAUGUAGAAGAAUCCAUGGACGAAGAACACUGCUAGACAAUAUUAAAACUAAAUAAUAAAACUGGAGAUUUAUAUUUGUGAAAUUGUAUAUAGAUGGCUAGUGAUAACAAAACCACAGAUUCUAAUGGCUGGAGUGAGCAAAUGGACACAUUUAUACUUUGCUGUGAAGGAAACACUUUUCUGAUGACAGGUUCGUUCUUUCAGGUGGUUAAUAUUGCAUUUCAGGGCAAUUUCAAAUCCCUUGUUGCAGCAUAGUGUGUUUUGUUACAUGUUGCUAAAUGAAUAACCUAUUUUCAGAUCAAAACUAUGGUGCACUUGUGUAAAAACAUCCACAGGACUGAUACUAUACUAUAAUAAAAUAUACCAAACCUUCAGCACACUGGCACUUUUUCUAUUUAGUAUUUUUGGUAGGUCUUCAGUGGCUAGUGUUCAGAAAAUAGUGUUCAGAGUAUACACCUUCAAUGUUGCAUCUAACGGUGUCUUUUACAUAUUGUAUGUAAACCUAUAAUAUGCAAAUGUUUUGUUUUUGUAGCAUGCUUAUUUUAUAGCUAAAAAUACAUUGUGGUAUUUAGUGAAAACUGUGACGUGUCCUUCUUUAAGGGUCCCCAAUAUGGAUUUUAGGUA